GGGGGGCACGGUCCCGGAUGUUGGCACCGCCGCCGAGAGAAAGGCGAACGAGAGAAGGCGGAGAGAAGCCGAGCAGGGACGCCACGGCACCGCGGGCACACCGGCCGAGCUGCAGCGACUCCUCUGCACAGGACCGUAGCGUCAAGAAGCGCAGGACACCCGUGGGGAUCUCCCGCUUAGCCGAAGACGAGGAGGCGGAAGAAAAAGGGGGAAAGAGGGGGGCAGCUACUCUGAAACUACCGUGAGGAUUACAGGGAGCCAGCGUCACGGCAGCUUUCACCCAGAAGUUGACCUACAGAAGAUGCUAUGCUGAUGUCCUGAGCUGAGGGAGCCCUGACUUCAUCCCCAACCUGUCUCUUGUCUCAGUUUGUUUUACCAAACGGGAUCAACUCAGCAUCAGUCAGCGAACACCAACACCAACCACCUCCACCUUUUCCCCACCCCCUCCUGCCCAGCCUGCCACCACCAUGACGUCGGAGCUGGAGAGUAGCCUGACUUCCAUGGAUUGGCUUCCUCAGCUGACCAUGCAGGCGGCCAUCCGCAAGGCAGACGCUCAAAAUGCCCAUGGGCCAGGCAUGGGCAAAAAGAGUGCCCUACUGGAUCCUAACACCACGUUGGACCAGGAGGAGGUGCAGCAGCACAAGGACGGCAAGCCGCCCUACAGCUAUGCCAGUCUUAUCACGUUUGCUAUCAACAGCUCGCCAAAGAAGAAGAUGACUCUGAGCGAGAUCUACCAGUGGAUCUGUGAUAACUUUCCCUACUACAGGGAGGCAGGCAGUGGCUGGAAGAACUCAAUACGGCACAAUCUGUCUUUGAACAAGUGUUUUCUCAAAGUGCCUCGCUCCAAAGAUGACCCUGGAAAGGGCUCUUAUUGGGCCAUCGACACCAACCCAAAGGAGGAUGCCUUGCCUACACGGCCAAAGAAGAGGCCGCGUUCUGGAGAGCGAGCUUCCACGCCGUACAGCCUGGAGUCUGAGUCUUUGGGGAUGGAGUGUAUGAUCUCUGGAAGUGCCUCUCCAACGCUGGCAAUCAACACUGUGACUAACAAGGUGGCAUUGUACAACACAGACCAGGAGGGGAGCGACAGUCCAAGAAGCAGCCUUAACAACAGCCUGUCUGAUCAGAGUUUGGCCUCUGUCAAUCUCAACAGUGUGGGCAGUGUGCACAGCUAUACACCGGUGACCACUCACCCAGAGCCCGUGUCCCAGUCUCUGAGCCUCCAGCAGCCCCCACAGUACAACAUGCCAGACAGGGACAAGCAGCUCCUGUUCUCUGAAUUUGAAGAUCUCAGUGCCUCCUUCCGCAGCCUUUACAAGUCUGUUUUUGAGCAGUCCUUCAGCCAACAAGGUCUCAUGGGAAUACAGUCAGAUUCAUCCCAGCAGACCCACACCUCCUGCUCUUAUCAACACUCCCCCAGUGGCACCAUAAGUACACAGAACAACCUGUCAAACAACCAACCCAACAACCACCCCAACAGCCACUCCGCCAACAGUGGCCAGGUGCCCCUGUCCCAUCCUGCCCAAGCCCACCCUGGCCACGGCUCGCCCCACGCGCCGCACCUCCCGCAGCACGGCGGCCCCCUCAACCAACACAGCCAACACGCUCAGCACAGCCAACACAGUCAGCACCAACAGCACUCCCAGCACCCCCAGCACGCUGCUCAUUCCCAGCACGGGCAGCACCCAUCGCAACAUCCGUCCCACGGCCAGCACCCGCAGCAGCACACGCCGCACCCCUCCCAACACACGCAGCACAGCCAGCACCCUCCUCAACACGGGCAACAGCAUCAGAGCCUCUCCCACCAGCCCCAUCCUACCCAGCAACAGAUGGCCUGCAACACAGGUUUACUGUCUGACUGGUAUCCAAAUCUGGAUGCACUGAAAGAAAGCUGCCGUAUUGCUAGCAGCUACAACUGGGCUGAUGUCGACCUUUCACCUUUCCAAGGUUUAAGAGAGAGUAUGAGACAAGCCGAGUUGAACAACUGGUCCCUGGAACCCACCCAGAUCGCAGACCUCUGCUCGUCCAUCAAUCAGUUUUUUGCCCGCACCGGUGUAAUCCAGCCACAGGGGGCAGUGCAGCCCUCAGUUUGCCUCGGCUCCAUGCACCCCAACAAACCCAGCCAGCACCUCAACACAGGAAAUCUCUACAUGGACUCCAGACAGAGCAUGUCCAUGAUGGGUCCUCCAGGAUACCCCCACAUGCCCCCCAUGAGCAGCGCAGGACCCACGAUGACAGGACACCACGCACAGAUGAACCAGCAGCACAUGAUACCUACCAGAAACUUCCAGAUGCAUCGCAUGCCAGCCGACGACAUCCAGGAUGACUUUGAUUGGGACUCCAUUGUCUAGCCCCUAGACCUCCUUUUUUUUGCAAAGAAUGGGGAGCAAGGAGAGGAGGAGGAGGCUGGAGGAAGAAGCCAGGCUGAGCUGAAAGGCCGCAGCAGGAGGAGGAGGAGAUAGGCCGUUGUGGGUGGGAUGCAGAACAUUUGAUAAGCUUUGGAGAAAGACAGACUUCAGAGUCCUGACAUUUUUACAAAAGCAAAACAUACAUAGAAAAUGUUAAACUUUGAAGACAAUCAUAUAUAGUCGGACAUGUCAAUGUGAUUGCUUACAUACUUGUCUAGAGGCAAGUAGAACACAUUCACGUCUAAACCACAUGCUCCUCAGCUCCUCGGCCAGCCCUCUCCCCAUCCCCAGCCAGCAGCCUUCCAAAGUCUGAACCCCUCCCCCCCGACUGACCCCCUGCUCCGUAACUGUUAUGUGAUUUGAGCGACGUGUUCAGCUUGUAAUUCUUCUCGUGUUGACAUUGGCCUCAGCUGUCUCUUGGAUGAGUUUAUCUCUCUUUUUUUAGAUUUUUUUUGUUUUGCUUUGUUUUUCAAUCUGUUUUGAGGAAACACAGGCCGUCUCUGAGUGAAGAAACGGUGCUUGUUGGUCACUUUUUGGGAGAGAGAGAGCAAGCCCCCACUGUGGCUGAAUCGAUGGUGAAAGUCAGGUUUACAAUAACUGAGGUUUUGUACAGGGUGUUAAAUGUUUAAGGCUUGAUAUUAAACAAACCAAGGGAGAGAGAUAUUGAGAGAGAGAGAGAGAUCGCAGAGAGUAUUCUCAUAACCAACCAAUGUGAUCAGGCUCACUGCAGCAGACAAGUAAUGGGAUUACAUUUUUUAAGUUCUCUGUGUCAAGCACAUCAAGAUGAGUGAACGUGGUGAGUGUGAGUCGGUUGUGAUACCAGGGAAGUCCGACAUUUUGUCUUUUUUAAACUUCAUUCAACUGGGAGGAACCAGAUGUUUAGUUUCUCUGUGUGCAUCGUGCACGUUCAGAUUUGCUCCACCAAUCAGAAGCUGUCAUAACAUGAAACCGUUUUAAUGGUUAAAAUCAUCAGUUCUACACGAGAAGCUAAGUGAUCACUAAAAAAGACAGCAUCAGCCAAUAACUAUUAAAAUGAGUCCAACUUUCAUCCGGCCUCAGUUUAUCGCAGAUCGAUCAGUAUUGGCAUUUAUGUCAGCCGAUAAGUAUGAAUAAAUAAAAUGUAGCACAAAAAUACUAAAAAUAUUUCAAAAUCUACUCAGCAAAUAUAAUCAUAAUUCUUCUACAAAAAUGAAAGACGGACUAAAUUGAUUGGUGGAUUUUGUUAAACCAUGUUAAGCUGCCCAUCCUCUGCCUGUAGCUCUGUAUACACUGAAUCUUCUCAUCUUAAUUUUCCAAUAAAAACCUAUUAAUCAUAUUUCCUCAAAAAAAAGUUUAAAACCUCCAUUUGUAAACAAAUCCAAUUCUAAUAAUUCUAAUCACAGAAUAAGAUCAGGUUUGAGACUAAAAAAAGCGCUGGUGAAAAAAAAAAAAGAUGAAUUAAUGAUCAGAUGUUAAACUUGUCACAUAAUGUGCAUCAAAAAGAGUUUGAUGCUACCUCCUGUGCUAAUUUGAAUUCUGGAUUUGAGUCUCUUUUUUUUUAAACUCAUUUGAGUUUGCUAUCAUACAAUCAUAACAGAAUGAGAAAUGUGAUUCAUACAGUACAUGCAGUGUGUGUGUGUGUGUGUGUGUGUGUGCAUGCGUGCGUGUGUGUGUGUGUUUUGGUUUAAUUGUAAUGUUAGGGCUAUGAUGCAAUCAUCUCUGUACUAUCUAUGAGCACAAAAGCAGAUGCACACAGUGAUUUAAAGACUAGAUUAGAGAUUUUAAUGAGAAAGGGUUUCUCAAGCACAGAACAGGGAGAUCAGUGGUUCUGGAAACUUUUCCUCUGUGUCCUGUAACAAGUGACUCGUCAAUCAGCCCGGAGCUGAACGUCAGAGACACAAGGUUAGAAAACAAAAACAAAAAGCCCUUUGCACACUCUUACCUUUUGUUGAUCGUAACUGUUUUUAAAGAUGCAAAGCACCUCCUGGUUCUAGUGACCAAUUCACUCCCAUCCUCAUUCACUCACACAGCGAGGCUAUCUGACCCCUAGUGGCAAAUAUGGGGCAUUGUCUACAUUUGAUGAUGAGAACCUGCUGAGCUGUGUGUGUGUGUGUGUGUGUGUGGUGCUUUGCAUCUAUGACAGUGUGUCCCUGUUUAAAGAAGUAACUAAAUGCUUUCAUUCUUUCCCGGGAGAAGAUUGUCACCACUCACAUCUUUGAAUAUGAUGUUACAGAAAGGAGGCGGUUAGUGUCGGUGAAGUUGUUACGUUUACACCUUUUUAUACGUUUUGAUAUUGUGUAUCAGUUAUGCCCAACACAAACCCUAAAGUAUUCCUGCAGAGGCCUUCACACCUCUCAGGUCAGCCAUCUCUGAAACAUGAUUUUGGUCAGGCAUAAUAAAAGUCCUACAACUUAUUUAAAGGUAUUAAAAUGUCAGAAUCAGGGUUUAUGCCAAGUAGGUUUGCACAUACAAUGAAUUUGCUGUAGUUUGUAUGUGUAUAAAUAUAACCCAAGGGAACAGUAUAAAAUCUGUGCAACAUGAACAAUAGUCCAAUUUGACUUCCGUAAAGUCAAGGUGUAUCUGCAACAAAUCCACUGAGCUUAGCACAAAGUCUGGGAAGUGAAUGCUAAGCUAAGCUAUCCAUCAUCAGUCUGUAGCUUCAUAUUUACAGUACAGACAUGAGAGGGUUAGAAAGAAGGCAAAUGAGAUUAUUUCCCCAAAACGUUGAUCUGAAGACAAUUCAUCUACCAGGACUCUCGUAGUGACUGUGGUUUUAAUAUCUGGAUGACAAUCAUGGAUUUUUUUUAAUGAUAUUGCAUAAUGUCUUUUGUUAUUGUGAGAACAGACACUUUUCAUUCUCACACGAUUGUUUUAUUGGAUAUUACAGAACCUUACGUUUCAACACAGAACCAGCCCGGUUUUACACUGUUGAUCUCUCUGUUGAACCAUGAUGAAGUCAUAUUCUCGUCUUUCAACUGAUACUGCCGUUCAUUUUUAUAUUUUCAGCUAAUCUUUUUUAUGUUGUUGUCGUUUUUCUUACCAAUCAUUUACUCCUGCUCUCUCCACCUCACGUGGUCAAUCCUCGCCUGUGGAUCUCAACUGAGUUUUUUUUUUUAAGUUUUGUUCAACUGCCAGAAUUUCAUACCUAAUGUUCGGACAUGAUCCUUAAAUCAGUUGACCCAAAUCAUGACUUUUUUUUAGGUGAGUGUGGGCCAAAGGACUGCAACCGAAGACAGCAGGGUACUUGUUUGGAGUCUACGUAGCUAAAAUAAACCGUGAACAUCCUGUGAGUCCUGGGUUGGUGGAAGGUCAUGUGAGGUUCGGCUCUUCCAGGUGAAGACACGUGAAUGUGCGAGCUGCCAUUUGUGCACAUCAGCUCGAGGGAAGACAAAAACAAUAGAGCAAAACGGUUGUGGCAAAAAAAAAGGUGAAGACAAUGACUGGAUCACAAUCACAAUUUUACAUUUUGUCUGUGUGUGUGUGUGUGUUUGCUUGUGUGAGUUAAAUUUGUUUUUUUUUCUAAAAGAUGAUUUAGGUUUUAAAUGCCGCUGGACAUGUACCUGCCAGAGAGAUUAUUAUUAUUGCGGAAAAAAAGAUGAAAAGAUGAAAAAAAAAAAAGCCUUGUUACAAUAUGGGAAAGAACUGCCAACAAGUACUGCUGAUCGGGGCCUAUUUUAUUCAGUGCUGGUGUGUCGUGCUUGUAUAUAUAUGUCUUUUCAAUCAUCCCUUUUUUCCUCUUGGGGGUGGGGUAUCGAGACAGGGGGUGGGUCUUCUUCACAAAAGAAAGGAGGGAAAAGAAUAGAGUAUUUUGUUAUCGUCCAAUCAGAGGGUGACAGUAUGUAUAUAUCUAUAUUGUAUAUAUGUGAUGAAAAUGCGUUGGCUUUUUGUGUGACACUACCUUUUACCUGUACUAUGGUUCUACAUUCAGUGUUUCAGUGUUGAUAAUAUAUAUUUGGUUUGUGUUUUAUUUUUUUUGAUUUUGUCUUUGUCAUUUCUUGUAUUUUUUUCCCUCCUAUUUGUCCUUUUUUGUUUAUUGCACGGUUUAUUACUUUUGUUGUCCAAUGAGGUGACACAGCUACUCUUUGUAUUCGUUUAGUGCUGUAAAAUAACUCAAGUGUUAUUAGAAUUGUCUAUACCACCGCCCACCCCACCCCCUUCCCCAAUAUGCAUGAAUGGCACUUAAAAGAAAUAAAAUAUGGUAACU